AUGAGAACCUUUAUUUUCGUACUCGUCUUGCUUGUUUCAUCUAUCUUUGCAGCACCGUUUGAUAAACGACAAGACGCAUGUGGUGGCUUUCGCAUUACUUCGCCAACUCAAGGCGGUCUUCAAUGGACUAAUGGGCAAUGCUACCAAGUUUCAUUUGAUGCCGGUAACAACGCAGCCGGUACUCUUCAUGUAACGUCAGUAGAUCUACUUGAUGCAAGCGGGAAUUUUGUAAAAACACAGUGGAGUGGUUCGAUUGAUCCUGCUAUUCAAGGUUAUACGCCAAACUUUAAUUUGGAUCUUGGCCCAAAUCCAACAACUGGAACUUACUCUUUUCGCGUAAAUGUGCAAACCUCUGGUGGGGCUACAUGUAUUCGUAAUACGGUGUCUUUUACUGGCAUUUACAAUCCAAAUAGCGGGGUUGCGCAGUGUUAA